GCAAAGUGAAUCAAGUGCCGAGCAAAGCUAUUUCUACAUUGUUCCCAAUCGGAUUGUCCUGCUGCUGAAAAGAAGACGGUGACGCCUAUUGAUGACAUAGGCAACGUGCGACAAAACCGAAUAGAUUGCAUGAUGGCGCCAGUUGGGAAGAAUAGAGACUCACCGAGCUCCAAUAGAAAAGGAGGAAAAGAAAAGGCUCCGGCUGGUCUGAGUCGGAAGCAGCCCCGGCGUUGGGACACUCAUCAAUUUAGGGGAAGCCUCCAGGAGGGUCAAGGCUUUGCCAUUUGGAGAAAACAAAAGAUUCAACGUGCCUACAAAAAGUUACUUAAAAAGGAAAGACAUGUGAAUCCUCAGAAGAAUGUUGGGUAUACUGAAGAUUAUCCAGAACAUCUGAAACAUCUUUAUUUAGCUGAAGAGGAAAUGCUUCGGAAACAGCAGAAACCUAAACAUAAACCAGUAGUACUUGAAGAGAAGGAGACUGUAACUUCAAAGAGCAAUGUGAUUCAGAGAAAAUUUAAAGCAAAAACUUCAAACCAGAAAGCAAAAGCGGAUUAUGAAAAAAUAAAGACUGAACGAAAUGAGAAAAAAGAAGCAGCCCAAAAAAGAAGAGAAGAAAGAGAGAAAGCUCAAAAGCUUUAUAAACAGAAGAAAAUGGAAACAUACAAAAUAUUAAGUAAAAGGACUAGAAAAGGACAACCAAAUCUAAAUUUACAAAUGGAAUAUCUACUUCAAAAAAUUGAGGAAAAAGCAUAAUUUGUCAUAUUAUUUUAAAUUAUAGACACGAAAAAUGAUAAUAUGCACUGGUUAUGGACUUUUCUUUCUACAAUGGCCUGCCUUUAAAUUUUGUAGCGUCAACUCUUAUUAAGGUUUAUUAUGUUAUAAUGCAAAAUUAAUGGGGAUGCUAGAUUCACUUAACAACCGUGUCACUGCUGUAACAUUUAUAGUGAUUCACUUAACAACUGUAGCAAGAAAGGUCAUUAAAUGGAGCAAAAUUAACAGAAAUGUUGGGCUCCAUUGUAGUAGUAAGUCGAGGACUACCUUUACAAUUUCUAAGUGGGCAUGCAUAGAAUUGCAUUGCUGUUUUCAAUACAACUGGUAUUUGCUGUACUUUUUUCCCUCUUUUUGUUUUGCAUACAUUCAAAAAUUCACUUUUAACUGACUAUGAACAAAGUGUUCUUGCCAUAACUUGAUUAAAAUUCAGAAAUAGAGUUUGUAAA